AUGAAGGAAGUUGUCGUCAGUGAAACCCCAAAGAGGAUCAAAGGCCUGGAAUUUAGCGCUCUAAGCGCUGCUGAUAUCGUUGCCCAAUCAGAAGUGGAAGUGUCGACUAGAGACCUUUUCGAUCUAGAGAAAGAUCGUGCUCCAAAGGCAAAUGGUGCUUUAGACCCUAAGAUGGGUGUCUCGUCUUCCAGCCUUGAAUGUGCGACCUGUCACGGCAACCUGGCAUCGUGCCAUGGCCAUUUUGGUCACCUGAAAUUGGCUCUACCCGUUUUUCAUAUUGGGUAUUUUAAGGCUACUAUCCAAAUAUUACAAGGUAUCUGUAAAAACUGUUCUGCAAUAUUGUUAUCAGAAACAGAUAAAAGACAUUUUUUGCAAGAAUUACGUCGUCCAGGAGUGGACAAUUUAAGGCGUAUGGGUAUUUUGAAGAAAAUUUUGGAUCAAUGUAAGAAACAAAGAAGAUGUCUACAUUGUGGUGCUCUAAAUGGUGUAGUGAAAAAAGCUGCUGCUGGUGCCGGUUCUGCUGCGUUGAAAAUUAUUCACGAUACGUUCCGUUGGGUAGGUAAAAAAUCGGCUCCUGAAAAGGAUAUUUGGGUAGGUGAAUGGAAGGAAGUCCUCACACAUAAUCCAGAACUAGAGCGUUAUGUGAAACGUUGUAUGGAUGAUUUGAAUCCAUUGAAAACUUUAAAUCUUUUCAAGCAAAUUAAGUCAGCAGAUUGUGAAUUACUUGGUAUAGAUGCCACAGUUCCUUCUGGUAGGCCAGAAACUUACAUCUGGAGAUAUUUACCCGCACCUCCAGUUUGUAUAAGGCCUUCUGUUAUGAUGCAAGACUCACCAGCAUCUAACGAAGAUGAUUUGACGGUAAAGCUAACAGAAAUAGUUUGGACUUCAUCUUUGAUCAAAGCCGGCCUUGACAAGGGAAUUUCGAUCAAUAACAUGAUGGAACAUUGGGAUUAUUUGCAACUAACUGUUGCAAUGUACAUCAAUUCUGAUUCGGUUAAUCCUGCCAUGUUACCAGGUUCAUCCAAUGGCGGUGGAAAAGUAAAACCCAUCAGAGGGUUCUGUCAAAGACUGAAAGGUAAACAGGGUAGGUUUAGAGGUAAUUUGUCCGGUAAACGUGUUGAUUUUUCAGGUAGGACAGUUAUUUCUCCGGAUCCAAACUUGUCUAUUGACGAGGUUGCUGUCCCAGAUCGUGUUGCAAAAGUUUUAACAUACCCUGAGAAGGUCACCAGAUAUAAUAGACAUAAAUUACAAGAGUUAAUCGUAAAUGGGCCUAAUGUUCAUCCUGGCGCCAAUUAUUUAUUAAAAAGAAAUGAAGAUGCAAGAAGAAAUCUAAGGUAUGGUGAUCGUUUGAAGCUGGCUAAAAAUUUACAAAUUGGUGAUGUUGUCGAAAGACAUUUAGAAGACGGUGACGUGGUCCUAUUUAACCGUCAACCAUCCUUACAUAGACUAUCAAUUUUGUCACAUUAUGCUAAAAUUCGUCCAUGGAGGACAUUUAGAUUAAACGAGUGUGUUUGCACACCUUAUAACGCAGACUUCGAUGGUGACGAGAUGAACCUACAUGUUCCACAAACUGAAGAGGCCCGUGCAGAAGCCAUCAACUUGAUGGGUGUGAAAAAUAACCUAUUAACCCCUAAAUCAGGUGAACCUAUUAUUGCAGCUACGCAAGAUUUUAUUACUGGUUCAUACUUGAUAUCACACAAAGAUUCCUUUUACGACCGUGCUACAUUGACCCAAUUAUUGUCCAUGAUGUCUGAUGGAAUCGAACAAUUUGACAUACCACCCCCUGCUAUCAUGAAACCAUACUACUUAUGGACCGGAAAACAAGUUUUUUCACUUUUAAUAAAACCAAAUCACAAUUCCCCAGUUGUAAUAAACCUAGACGCAAAAAAUAAAGUCUUUGUCCCUCCGAAGUCAAAAUCCUUGCCAAAUGAAAUGUCACAGAAUGAUGGGUUCGUAAUUAUUAGAGGCUCUAAAAUUCUCAGUGGAGUGAUGGAUAAAUCUGUUUUGGGUGAUGGUAAAAAGCAUUCCGUUUUUUAUACGAUAUUGAGAGAUUACGGUCCACAAGAAGCCGCCAACGCUAUGAAUAGAAUGGCUAAAUUAUGCGCUAGAUUCUUAGGUAACAGAGGUUUUUCUAUCGGUAUCAAUGAUGUUACGCCUGCUGAUGAUUUGAAGCAAAAGAAAGAAGAGCUAGUUGAGAUUGCUUAUAGUAAGUGUGAUGAGUUAAUUACAUUAUUUAAUAAAGGUGAACUAGAAACACAACCUGGUUGCAACGAAGAACAAACUCUGGAGGCUAAGAUAGGUGGGCUUUUGUCCAAAGUUAGAGAAGAAGUCGGUGAUGUUUGUAUUAAUGAAUUAGAUAAUUGGAAUGCACCACUAAUUAUGGCUACUUGUGGUUCUAAAGGUUCCACAUUAAAUGUUUCUCAAAUGGUGGCUGUCGUUGGCCAACAAAUUAUUUCUGGUAAUCGUGUUCCUGAUGGUUUCCAAGAUCGUUCUUUACCACAUUUCCCCAAGAAUUCAAAAACACCUCAAUCCAAAGGUUUCGUUAGAAACUCUUUCUUCUCAGGCUUAUCUCCUCCGGAAUUUUUGUUUCAUGCUAUUUCCGGUCGUGAAGGUCUAGUCGAUACGGCUGUCAAAACUGCAGAGACUGGCUAUAUGUCUCGUAGAUUAAUGAAGUCUUUGGAAGAUUUGUCUUGUCAAUACGACAACACAGUCAGAACUUCUGCCAAUGGUAUUGUUCAGUUCACAUAUGGUGGCGAUGGUUUAGACCCACUUGAAAUGGAAGGUAAUGCACAACCAGUCAAUUUCAACAGAAGUUGGGACCACGCAUACAAUAUUACUUUCAAUAACCAAGACGAGGGAUUACUACCCUACGCGAUCAUGCAAACCACAAAUGAGAUAUUGAGACCAUUGGAAGAAAGAUUGGUUCGGUACGAUAAUAGUGGAUGUUUAGUCAAGGAGGAAAACUUGAACAAGGCCGAAUAUGUAGAUCAAUAUGACGCCGAGAGGGAUUUCUACCGGUCACUAAAGGAGUAUAUUAAUUUGAAAGCUACUGCUUUAGCUAAUUUAAGAAAAUCCAGAGGAAUGCUAGAGCUUCUUGAACCUCCAACAAAAGAAUCAGAGAAGGUAGAUCCUGACAAACUUGUUCCCGAUAAUGUUAAAACUUCAGUAAGCCAACUUUAUAGAAUCAGUGAAAAAUCUGUGAGAAAGUUUUUAGAAAUUGCCCUUUAUAAAUAUCGUAAGGCAAGACUUGAGCCAGGUACUGCCAUUGGUGCCAUUGGCGCUCAAUCUAUUGGUGAACCAGGUACACAAAUGACGUUGAAGACUUUCCAUUUCGCUGGUGUCGCCUCCAUGAACGUCACAUUAGGUGUACCUCGUAUCAAGGAAAUUAUCAAUGCUUCUAAGGUUAUUUCUACACCUAUAAUCAACGCCGUACUGGUAAAUGAUAAUGAUGAAAGGGCUGCCAGAGUUGUUAAAGGUCGAGUCGAAAAGACAUUGCUAUCGGACGUAGCAUACUAUGUCCAAGAUGUUUACAAGGACAACUUGUCCUUCAUUCAAGUACGAAUUGAUUUAGGUACCAUUGAUAAACUACAAUUGGAGCUGACCAUAGAAGAUAUCGCAGUUGCAAUAACCAGAGCCGCUAAAUUAAAAAUACAAGCGUCCGAUGUCAAUAUUAUCGGUAAAGAUCGUAUUGCAAUCAAUGUAUUCCCAGAAGGUUACAAAGCAAGAUCAAUAUCCACAUCGGCAAAAGAACCAAGUGAGAAUGACGUUUUCUACAGAAUGCAGCAAUUACGUCGUGCGCUUCCUGAUGUUGUCGUUAAAGGUUUACCUGAUAUAUCUCGUGCGGUGAUUAAUAUUCGGGAUGACGGUAAGAGAGAGUUAUUGGUUGAAGGUUACGGUCUGCGAGAUGUUAUGUGUACAGACGGUGUUAUUGGAUCUAGAACUACGACUAACCAUGUUUUGGAAGUUUUCUCCGUUCUAGGUAUUGAAGCUGCAAGAUAUAGUAUCAUUAGAGAAAUUAACUAUACCAUGAGUAAUCACGGUAUGAGUGUCGAUCCACGUCAUAUUCAACUAUUAGGUGAUGUUAUGACAUAUAAAGGUGAAGUGUUGGGUAUUACAAGAUUUGGUUUAAGUAAAAUGAGAGACUCUGUCUUGCAACUAGCUUCCUUCGAAAAGACGACGGACCACUUAUUCGAUGCAGCCUUUUAUAUGAAAAAGGAUGCCGUUGAAGGUGUUUCUGAAUGUAUUAUUUUGGGACAAACUAUGUCGAUUGGUACCGGUUCUUUCAAAGUCGUUAAAGGUACUAAUAUAUCUGAAAGGGAUUUAGUACCAAAGCCAUGUCUGUUUGAAAGUCUUUCAAAUGAGGCGGCGUUGAAAGCGAACUGA